AUGGCAUGGCAGCACUGGCUGCUAGGCGACGGCUGCCCCAGCUCUCGCGAGAGCGGCGCGCCGGUACCCCCAUCCCUUGAGGAGGUACCGGUGUCUCCUCACGGUGCUGCUGAGGGGUUGAUGUCGGUAAACGGGGGUUUAGCGGCCGCGGAGCCGCUGAGGAACCCCCUGCCCGUGCUGUGCUGCUGGGAGCUGAACUCACACGGAGCAGAGCUAACACCAGCAGAGGAGGAAAUCAAGGAGCAGCUAGAUGGAGAUGCUGACCGUGAAACCCGCAUCUGCGGCUGGGCUGGGCUGUGCCGCCCCUCGGAGCUCUCCCCUCCGCCCCCAGCAGCAGCCGCAGCCCCGGGUCCCUUGUGCGGCUGCGGGGAGGGGCCGCGGCGGCUUCCCCUUGGCUCUCAGCACCGACCGCAGGAAGGCGCGGCUGGGGCGGGGAGGGGACGGAACGGGAGGAAGGAGCGGAGCCUCCCCCUGGGGUGGGCAGCGGAACGCAGCUCCGCUCGGCUGCCGGCCCAUGCCUCGGCGUGUGCAGUGAGCGCGGAGGGAGCCGCGGUGCGGCGGAGGGCGGACGGGCCAUGUCGGAAGCGGAGAGCGGGGCUGCAGGUAAGGGGGAGCGGGGCCGGGUCCCCGCCGCAAUGCGGGAGCGCUGCCGCCGGCGGGCGCGGCACAGCACGGCCCUGGCUUAUCGGGGGAAAUGAUCUGGAGCCGGAGCCCCGUCCGGAGGAGGAGCGGGCGGGAGGCGCAGACAAUGUCCCGGCGGCUGCGGCCGCACCAGGGGCAGGCACUGCUCCAGUCCCGGGGAGGGGUUUCAAUGCGGAGCUGCAGUGGUCCCUGGGGAACCGUGCUGAAACAGAUGCAGUUUCCACAUCUGCUUACUCAUCACCAGCCAAAAGUCUGGGAGACCCUGGAAUCACUCCACUGUCUCCAUCACAUAUUGUGAAGGACUCUGAUGCAGAUGAUGCUGUAGAACAGUUAUUUCUUGUUGUUGUGGCUAUUGAUUUUGGCACAACAUCCAGUGGCUACGCCUACAGCUUCACCAAGGAACCAGAAUGUAUUCAUGUAAUGAGGCGAUGGGAAGGUGGAGAUCCAGGCGUAUCCAAUCAGAAGACACCUACCACUAUCCUCCUAACACCAGAGAGGAAGUUUCAUAGCUUUGGGUAUGCAGCAAGAGAUUUCUACCAUGACUUGGAUCCCACUGAAUCAAAGCACUGGUUGUAUUUUGAAAAGUUUAAGAUGAAGCUACAUACCACUGGUAAUCUUACCAUGGAGACAGACCUGACAGCUGCAAAUGGCAAAAAAGUCAAAGCACUUGAGAUAUUUGCUUACGCUCUGCAAUACUUUAAGGAACAGGCAUUAAAGGAGCUCAGCGACCAAGGGGGCUCAGACUUUGAAAACACUGAAGUAAGAUGGGUCAUUACAGUGCCUGCUAUAUGGAAGCAGCCUGCAAAGCAGUUUAUGAGACAAGCCGCCUACAAGGCAGGAAUGGCGUCUCCUGAAAAUCCCGAGCAGUUGAUCAUUGCCCUGGAACCUGAGGCUGCCUCUAUCUACUGCCGAAAGCUCCGCCUGCACCAGAUGAUAGACCUGAGCAGCAGGGCACCUGUCAAUGGUUACAGCCCAAGUGACACUAUCGGAACUGGAUUUACACAGGCGAAGGAACACAUCCGUCGUAAUCGACAGAGCCGGACCUUUAUGGUGGAAAAUGUCAUAGGAGAGAUCUGGUCUGAACUGGAGGAAGGUGACCGUUACAUCGUAGUUGAUAGUGGAGGAGGCACAGUGGAUAUAACUGUCCAUCAGAUCAGGCUCCCUGAAGGACAUCUUAAGGAGCUAUACAAGGCAACAGGUGGCCCAUAUGGUUCUCUAGGCGUGGACUAUGAAUUUGAAAAGCUCCUGUGUAAAAUAUUUGGAGAAGAUUUUAUUGAGCAAUUUAAAAUCAAGCGUCCUGCUGCCUGGGUAGAUCUGAUGAUAGCGUUUGAGUCCCGUAAACGGGCAGCAGCUCCAGACAGGACCAAUCCACUAAACAUCACUCUGCCUUUCUCCUUCAUUGAUUAUUACAAGAAGUUUCGGGGUCACAGUGUAGAACAUGCCUUGAGGAAAAGCAAUGUGGACUUUGUGAAGUGGUCCUCCCAGGGAAUGCUGAGGAUGAGCCCGGAUGCAAUGAAUGCUCUUUUCAAACCUACAAUUGACCAGAUCGUUCAGCACCUUAGUGAUGUGUUUGAUAAGCCAGAAGUGACCAAUGUCAAGUUUCUGUUCCUGGUGGGUGGCUUCGCUGAAUCCCCCUUACUCCAACAAGCUGUCCAGAACGCUUUUGGUUCGAGAUGUCGAGUCAUCAUUCCUCAGGAUGUCGGGCUCACUAUCCUCAAAGGAGCUGUUCUCUUUGGUCUAGACCCUGCUGUCAUCAAAGUGCGGCGUUCACCUCUCACCUAUGGUGUGGGUGUGCUCAACCGCUUUGUGGAAGGGAAGCAUCCACCAGAGAAGCUUCUAGUCAAAGACGGCACACGCUGGUGCACUGAUGUCUUUGACAAGUUUAUCUCAGCCGACCAAUCUGUAGCCCUUGGAGAAACUGUGACACGCAGUUACACACCUGCCAAACCUUCUCAGUUAGUAAUAGUGAUCAAUAUCUAUAGCUCAGAACAAGAUAAUGUUAGCUUCAUCACUGAAUCUGGAGUGAAAAAGUGUGGCACCCUUCGCUUGGAUCUCACGGGAACUGAUGCUUCAGUGCCAAACCGGCGGGAGAUCAAAACGCUUAUGCAGUUUGGGGACACUGAAAUCAAAGCCAUGGCCAUUGAUGUUGCCACCUCUAAAAGUGUCAAAGUUGGUAUUGAUUUCUUAAACUACUAA